AUGACUCAGUUACACAUUAAAAGGCGCCAAAGGAAAUAUCUGCCUUUUAGCUUUGUGACUCAACAGCCACGGAAAAGACAGUAUUGUUCUGUGUUACAGGAUUUUUCUGGCCCAGGUCCAUCAGGAAAAAGUCAAGACAACAUGAACAACUUGAAGAAUCUCAGGAACUAUUGGCUUCUCGUGCUGGUGUUGUGCCUGUGUAUUCCAACAAGCUCUCCAAUCCCCGCUAAACCAAACAUCGUUCUGAUAAUGGCGGAUGACCUAGGAAUAGGAGAUCUCGGCUGCUAUGGAAACCAUACGAUAAGGACCCCCAAUAUUGACCAGCUUGCGAGGGAAGGCGUCCGUCUGACCCAGCACAUCGCUGCAGCUUCGAUGUGCACUCCCAGUAGGGCAGCCUUCUUGACUGGACGAUACCCCAUUCGAUCAGGGAUGGCUUCAGAGACCGAAACUCGAAUUCUACGCUGGGCGGCUGCAUCGGGGGGCCUCCCUCCUAAUGAGACCACCUUUGCCAAGAUCCUGCAGCAGGAAGGCUACGCCACAGGGCUGGUGGGGAAGUGGCACCUGGGAGUGAGCUGUGACUCUCGAAAUGACCACUGCCAUCACCCCCUCAACCACGGAUUCCGCUAUUUUUACGGCAUGCCCUUGACGCUGAUGCUGGACUGCGGAAAUAAACACAACCAGAAGGGCCAAGCCCUGAGGGCCAGCUACUGGUUCUGCACGUGGACGCUGGCCUACAUGCUGCUCUUCUUGGCCCUGGGCAAGCUUACGGGCUGCCUCCCCAUCUCCUGGAAGAUGGUGGGCUGCUUCGGCGUCUGUGUGCUCCUCUUCUUCGUCUCCUGGUACUCCAGUUACGGCUUCACCAGGCACUGGGACUGCAUCCUCAUGAGGAACCACGCCGUGCGCGAGCAGUCGAUGGUGCUGGAAAGAGCACCUUCUCUCCUCCUGCGGGAGGCGACUUCCUUUAUCGAAAGAUAUAAGCAGGGGCCCUUCCUGUUCUUCCUUGCACUUUUGCAAGUGCACAUACCUCUUACCACAACCAGAAACUUCCUUGGGAGAAGCCAGCACAGCCUCUAUGGAGACAACGUGGAGGAGAUGGACUGGAUAGUGGGUCAAGUUCUCGAUACCCUUGACAAAGAAGGCUUGACCAACCACACGCUCGUGUAUUUCACCUCGGACCAUGGCGCCUUCAUAGAGGGCCGCAUAGGAGACACUCCACUGGGAGGCUCAAAUGGAAUCUACAGAGGUGGCAAAGGGAUGGGUGGCUGGGAGGGCGGCAUCCGUGUCCCGGGGAUAUUCCGGUGGCCUGGGGUGCUGCCAGCUGGCCGAGUGAUCCAGGAGCCCACCAGCCUGAUGGAUGUCUUCCCCACCGUGGUCCAGCUGGGGGGUGGCCAGAUACCCCAGGACAGGGUGAUCGACGGGCGGGACCUGAUGCCCCUCCUGCUCAGCCAGGUCCCGCACUCCGAGCAUGAAUUCCUCUUUCAUUACUGCGGCUCCCGGAUGCACGCGGCCCGCUGGCACCAGCGCGAAGGUGGCCGGCUCUGGAAGGCGCACUUCGAGACGCCCAUCUUCUCCCCGGAGGGGGCCGUGGGCUGCUAUGCCCAGGGCCUGUGUCCCUGCCACGAGAACGUGGCUCGCCAUGACCCGCCCCUGCUCUUCGAGCUCUCCGGGGACCCCUCAGAGGCCACGCCCCUGUCCCCCAGCUUGGAACCCUCAUUUCACACUGUGGUCAGCCGCAUUGUGGAGGCCACGCGGGCGCACCAGAGGACCCUCACCCCAGUCCCCACGCAGCUCUCGGGCUCCAGCAACAUGUGGAAGCCAUGGCUGCAGCCCUGCUGCGGCUCCUUCCCGUUCUGUGGAUGCCAGGAGAACGCCCACCCCCGUGACGAGCUGUAAAACCGGUGGGGCCCCUUGGAGAGGAGAGAGGAGGGGACA